UCCUUCAGGCGUUGUGCACUUCUACGCUGUGCCUUCUGCCCCUCCACACCAUACCUUCACCUUCUCGACUUCUAGUUGACUCCUUCACUCGUUCAGCAAGCAGGCAACGCCAACACUCCCGCAGCGACUGCUGGCCGUUGUCAGCACUCAGCAGACAGCGAUUCGUCGUCGGUGGCCGGUUCCCGUCGUCCACUCGUCCGGAAAGCGGCAGUAGAAUAUUUGAGAGACUAAAAUUAAGGUGCACCAUGGCAUUGAGGCAAUUGUGUGGAUUUUCUGAUGGGGAGGUGAUGAGAUCAGAUUGUAAGCCUUGUUCCAGAUUGAUGAGACAGACUGCUGCAAUAUUCUCAGUUGGAGGAGCAUUAGGCUUUUGGGUGCUGUGCCGCUUGCACUACGGCCCUAGAAUCACAAAUCCAAGAAGUCUUAGGUGGGGAGCUUGUGGAGCAGUCUCUACAAGCUCUACCACCGCAUUGCUGGUUCGCCUGUUUAGUCCAGAAUGUGAACCUCAAAAUAUAGCUGCUUAUGACAAAAAAGGAUAGUGCUGCCUAUUCACAAGCUUUGGGGUGGAGUUAUGGAGCUUGUAUUGCUGCCUUUUGAAUAAUAUGAGAUAGAUAAUGACUUUGUUACUCACUGCUGAUAAUGUAUUUGUUCAUUCACAACUUCAAUGUUAAGAAUGUGUAUUUCCCAAAAAUGUUAGGCCUAUGCUGCAGUGCUUCAUCUUAUAUUGUUUGGAAAAUUCUAGCAUCAAAAUAUGUAUAGUUAUUCUUGUGAAAUAUGUGCUGGGUCAUGGCUGCAGGGAAGCAAGUGAUGGCCAUAUACCAGUCAGGAGGUGAGUUUAAAACUGAUAAGGAUGCUCUACUCUUGUAUAAAGGUGGAGAUGCAUGCUCAAUAUUGCUCAUGCUAUGGAAAUUGGCGACCAAAUGGAUUAUUUCAAGAAGGAGGAAGCCGAGAUGUUUAACUGCAGCAUUGCUACCUAGUCUAUUAAACAUUUCCUCCCCAGAAACAAGAAGACUAUCAGACUAUCAUCAUGGUCUCUGAUGACAUGGACUCUCAAUUAAGGGAUGCUUCUCAGAUUGCUGUAACUGUAAGGCCUUUCUCAAUGAUCGGUUUUUGAGGUUUUUGAGGAGAUUUUGCAGGUGUGAUUAGAAAAUAGAAAA